AUGGUUCUCCCCACAUCGAUUUCGUCUCUCCUUGCCCUGUCAGUGCUUGCCUUCUUCUCGCUGUCAGCGAGGGCUUCACCUCAUCUGCCGCGGACGGCAUCGAGCACGGCUGCUAGUACUCUCAAGCUCGCCGUUAGAAUCAACUCGAGCGGGGUCAAGAACAUCGCCGCCGCAGAUCGAGCUCGAGCCCAAACCUUCUCAGCAGAAGAUGGCAGUAAUAUCACUUCCAUCGAUGCAACUAAUAAUGGGGUGACAUAUACCGCUGACGUUGGCGUGGGGAGUCCAGCAACAUACUACACCCUCCUGAUAGACACAGGAAGCUCAAACACCUGGAUUGGGGCUAACAAGUCUUACACGAAGACUACUACGAGCCAAGAUACAGGCUGUCGAUUCGGUCUUGCAUAUGGCGGUCCUACCGAUCUGACUUAUGUUGCUGGGGUGGAAUACUCUGACACCGUAACGCUCACCUCCGACCUGGUCAUUGAAAACCAAUCGAUCGGCGUUGCAUCUACUUACCCAGAUUUGGGUGGUCUGGAUGGAAUUCUUGGCCUUGGACCGGUUAACUUAACGCAGGACACCGUCUGCAAUGGAGGUGAAGUCCCGACUGUGAUGGACAACCUUUACGCGCAGAGAACAAUUCAUUCGGAAGUAUUUGGGGUGUUCUUCGCACCUGCUUCCUCUGAUAAUAGCGGUGGCGAACUCACAAUCGGCAGUUUUGAUAACUCCAAGAUUACUGGAUUCAUCAACUAUGCGUCGAGCACAUCAACAUAUCCAGCGAGCAGAUAUUGGGGCAUUGAUCAAUCCAUCAGCUAUGGGUCUACGUCCAUCUUGACCAAGACUGCUGGUAUUGUCGAUACCGGAACUACCCUUAUUCUCAUUGCCACCGAUGCCUUCCGCAAAUAUCAGUCUGCGACGGGAGGAACCCCUGAUGAGGCCACUGGCUUAUUAAAAAUCUCACUCGACCAAUACAACCAGCUCUCAUCCUUGUAUUUCACUAUCGGUAGUGAUGCUCUUGAGCUGACCCCGAAUGGGCAAAUCUGGCCUCGGUCGUUGAACACCGCCAUUGGCGGUACCACCGACGGCAUAUACCUGGUCGUUGGUGACAUUGGAAGCAACUCUGGUUUUGGCUUGGACGUUAUCAUCGGCUAUUGUUUCCUCGAGCGCUAUUACUCGAUAUUCGAGAAGACGUCGUACUCCGAGUCCGUCGCGUUCGCCGCGACUGAGUACACCUAUGCCACGUCAAAUUGA